AAGCGCUUUGGCAUCAGCAUAACUCCGAGUAGUUGAGAGAGCGGACAAUUGACGGGCGCAAGGGCCGGAUUAACGUUAUCUCAACGCGAUGGGUUUUUGUGGAAUAUGCUGGGAAAGUUACGUAUGGAUUUCCUUCAUGGUUCAAUGUAUCUGCAUCGGAGCCUCCAAUUUAGAUACUCAUAAUAUCAUUAGGAAGGACGGAGAGCCCGGGAGCCUUUUUGGAUUCUCUCUCGCCCUGCAUCGCCAGUUGAUACCUUCGGACAAAAGAAUGCUGCUGGUUGGAGCUCCCAGAGCCCGGGCCUUGGCACGGCAGAACGCCAACAUCACUGGAGGCCUGUAUAACUGUGACAUCACAUCCCCGUCACAUGACUGUGAGCGCGUUGAGUUCGAUAAUGAAGCCGACGUCCUGGUGGAGAACAAGGAGAAUCAGUGGAUGGGUGUGACAGUGCAGAGCCAAGGACCAGGGGGCAAGAUUGUGACUUGUGCCCACCGCUACCAGAGGAGGCUUUUUGGGAACACGCGCCAAGAGUCGCGUGACAUCAUCGGCCGCUGCUACGUCCUGAGUCAGGACCUGACCAUCGACACCCAAUCCGAUGAGGACGGGGGGAACUGGAAGUUCUGUGAGGGCCGAGCGAGAGGCCAUGAGAGAUUCGGGUCGUGCCAGCAGGGUCUCUCUGCUACCUUUACUAAAGACUACCACUAUCUGAUCUUUGGGGCCCCAGGAGCCUACAACUGGAAAGGCAUUGUGCGGGUCGAGCAGAAGAACAACACUCUAUUGGAAAUGGGCUUUUACGAUGAUGGGCCCUACGAGGUCGGCGAUGAAAACCGCCUGGAUCCGGCACUCGUACCUGUGGCUGCAAACAGCUACCUGGGCUUUUCCCUCGACUCUGGGCACAGUAUCACCAGGAAAGGACAACUAACGGUUGUGUCCGGGGCUCCAAGAACCAAUCACAGUGGGGCUGUGGUUCUGCUAAGAAAAGAAGGAGAGGCCUCCACCAUGCUCUCCCCAGAGUACAUUCUAGAAGGGCCCGGACUGGCAUCCUCCUUUGGAUAUGAUGUUGCCGUGGUUGACCUGAACAAUGACGGGUGGCAGGAUAUUGUCGUCGGAGCUCCGCAGUUUUUUAUGAAGGACGGUGAGGUGGGGGGAGCUGUGUACGUUUACAUCAACAAGGCUGGCAAGUGGAAUGACAUCACCCCAGUCCGUCUCAAUGGAACCAAAGACUCCAUGUUUGGCUUGGCUGUGGAAAACAUCGGGGACAUCAAUCUGGACACAUAUCAAGACAUAGCUGUCGGCGCGCCCUAUGAUGAUGGUGGGGCAGGAAAAGUGUAUAUUUACCAUGGCUCCGCUAAUGGAAUCAUCACAGAACCUGCACAGGUUCUCAAAGGGAGAAAACACAAAAUUAAGCUAUUUGGAUACUCUCUGGCUGGGAACAUGGACCUGGAUCAAAACUCCUAUCCAGAUAUUGCUGUCGGGUCCUUGUCAGAUUCGGUGUUUGUUUACAGGGCAAGGCCAAUCAUAAGUAUUAAAAAAGAUGUGACUGUAUCACCAAAGGAGAUUGACUUAACAAAGAAAACCUGUGGGAACAGCAUAUGUCUCACAGUUGAAGCUUGCUUUUCUUAUAAAGCUAACCCUUCAACAUACAACCCUAAAAUCACUAUUUCCUACUUGUUUGAGGCUGAAUCGGAGCGUCGCAAGCAGGGGCUUCAAUCCAGAGUAACAUUCCUAGAUAAGAAGAACUCCGAUCAAGACUUCCAGUCCACCGGAACUCUGGAACUCCAAAGACAGAACAAGAGGGCGUGCUUUCGAAGCAAACUCAGACUUCAGGACACCAUUAAGGAUAAACUCAGGGCCCUUUCUAUCGAGGUGUCAGUGGCUGUCCUGAGCAGUAAGCGGGGCAAGAGGCAGAGCGCUCUACCUCAGCUCGUCCCUGUGAUCAGCCCUUCAGACUCAAAGAAGGUCCUCACUGAGGUGCACUUCUUGAAGGAAGGAUGUGGUGCUGACAACAUCUGCCAGAGCAACUUGCAGCUUCAGUACAGUUUCUGCUACCGAACUAAUCAGGAUGUCUUUCUACCUCUGCCUUUGCAAAAUGGUGUUCCACUGAUCUCCCUGAGUGACCAGAAGGACAUUGCUCUGGAGUUGACUGUGACAAACAGGGGUGGGGACGACGCUCAUGAAGCAAAGCUGGUGGGGAUGUUCCCCAGUUCACUGUCCUACUCUGCCUUCCGCCUCCCAAAGACUGGGGACAAACAAAUGAUCUGUACAGCAAACCAAAAUGGCUCCCAAACAGACUGUGAACUUGGCAAUCCGUUCAAGAGAGAUGAUGAGCUGAAGUUCUACAUCAUAUUGGGCACAGUUGGCAUCUCCCUCAACACCACAGAAAUUGUUGUCAACCUUCUCCUGGAAACGACCAGUCAACAGGAGAAGCCAAUCAAAGUGGAGGCCAAGGCAAGAGUUGUGAUCGAGCUGAUGCUGUCUGUCCUCGGGGCGGCACGGCCUCCCCAGGUGUACUUUGGUGGAGAUGUCAAAGGAGAAAGCGCCAUGAAGUCUCAGCAGGACGUCGGCUCUUUGGUUGAAUAUGAGUUUAGAAUAACAAACUGGGGGAAGCCAUUAAAGUCAUUCGGAACAGCUUCAUUGAACAUCCAGUGGCCUAAAGAGAGCUCUUUGGGGAAGUGGGUUUUGUAUCUCAUGGAGAUCAAGACGGAAGGCCUGGAUCAGAUCACCUGCUCCCCUGAGAGAGAAGUUAACCCUCUCAGUCUUCCGGAGGAAUCGGCGCCGUCCCGGCAGAGACGCGAGGUUGAGGAGCGAAAAACAAGGGAAGGUGGAGGCCUCCAAUCCCUGUUUGCUGAAAAAAGGAAAUACAAAACACUGACCUGCCAUAAUGAAGUCAAAUGUGUGGAGAUCAAGUGCCCCCUUCAGGGCUUGGACAGUAAUGCAGUCAUUCUGCUGAGGUCUCGUCUCUGGAACUCCACAUUCCUUGAGGAUUAUGCCACCUUUAGUUAUCUGGAUUUGAUCAUCAAAGCAUCACUCAGCCUUGAUGGAUCUGCACAGAAUAUUAUCCUGAAGAAUGCCGAAACUGAGGUGAAAGUCACUGUGUUCCCAGAGAAGACUGUGGCCCUUUACAGUGGGGUCCCCUGGUGGAUUAUCCUAGUGGCAGUGCUUGCAGGCAUUUUAAUGCUGGCUCUCCUGGUGUUCUUGCUGUGGAAGUGUGGUUUCUUCAAGAGAGCCCAAAAAGACCAGUUUGACGCGGCGUAUCACAAGGCUGAGAUCCAUGUUCAGGCGUCUGAUAAAGAGAAAGUCACAACUGAGGCUUAGUGCCUCAACUCUGGUGUGGAUUUUUCAAGCAUGCCAAAUAUGAAGACACUGUUCCAAGAUACCACGCUGUGCGUAUAAGGAAAGAUAAGCAACAGUUUAAGGAUGGCAAGAUUCAACUAACGGCAUUUGAGAAAAAGCAAUGGAUGACCACUUGGAAUGACAAUGAGAGUUACUCUUAAAACAAAGUGUCGACCUCCAUGGUGCUGCCUACUCUUAAGAAGGUCUGGAGUCACAGUGGCAGUGACCCAGAGUCCUCAUCUUCUUCUACUUUUCUCUUUUGAACAGCUGAAACUUGUCUUACUAUAUGUUUGUAUACCACCGAUGUACAUUGAAAGCAAAGUGCAAGAAUUCCAGGGAAAAACAGAAACAGAAACUUGGGCUUUCCCUCUGGAUACUCGGAGUGGACAGAUAGAGGACAAACACAAAUAUCUCUACCAAAAUAGACAGUUUUUGUCUUUUGUCUUCUGUUUGAGGCAGCAAACCUCUUUAAAAUGUAUGGAAUGCUUUUGUGUAAUGCCAUGCAUGUCAGUCAUCUUCGAUCUGCUUCAGUCUAUUCUCUCAAAUGACAGACUGGAAAAAUGUGUUUUGUAUAUAUUUAUUUUUAGUACACUGUAUAUUUAUUUUUGCAUGACCUGUAAAUGCAUUUAUUUGCCAAAGAUUUGUCAUGUUUGUCGUUUUAUAAUGAAAAUCCGGAGGGGCGCGUGAGGGACUGGCCCCCUGUGCAGCAUGGGUUUAGGGUUGCUGCCAGGUGCGACACAAAGCAUCAAACCUCUUUAAAUACAAAAAUCAUCUUAUGAUGUGAGCUUGAUCCUUAUGACAUAAAUUGACUUUGCACUUGCGUGACAUAUCAAACCAGUUAGGUUUGUCAAAAAAAAAAUCCUUGCUUGUACACUCAAAAGUAGUAGUAGAUUAUCGAACAAGGCAAGUCGUUUUUUUACACUGUUUCAAACCCGAUUUCAGAGUUUGUAGUAUUGUUUGGAUUGUUGCAAUGUUCCAUUUCUUAUUUCCAUUUUGAAAAGUAACAAUUGUUGUCGAACUGUGAAGGUAGGAUACUGUAUAUAGUGUCUUUAGUAUGGAUUAUUGGGACAACAGCUAGAAAGAUCUGCUAUGAUCAUCAGGUACAAUGUAGGCUAUGUUUACAGACUCUCUUACGUAAUAGUGAAACUACUGUGUUUACCACGAUACUAUGAUCAAUGUCAUAGUAAAGGACUCUAUAUUAAUUUAAAUUAGUUUAUCAUAACAAAAACAAAGGGACAUUUCUGAGUGGUGUUUUUUAGAAUCCUCCACAUCCAGUGAAAAUGAUAAAUGAGGAAAAUAGUCUAAUCAAGCAAAAACAAAAAGCAAGCACGUACACAAGUCAGACAUGAGUCGGUUUUCUGAUGAGGAAUGCAAGUAAGCUCAAGUGUUAUGGUUAGGUUUGGAUGGGUUUGUGAGGUGAGGUUUAGAGUUAUGGUCAGGUUAUGGCAAAGGUUAGUUGACAGAUGGUCAGGGCUAAUUGACGAAUACUGGAUUAAAGAUGGGGUACACACUGAGGUUCUUUAAUAUGCUGUCCAAAUAAAUUGUUAGCCUGUGUUUUUGUAAGUGUUAUCACUGGCAUAAAGGUGCAAGAAGUGUGGAGCUCUGAAAGGGCUAUACUGCAAUAAAGAACACAUUUCUUA